AAAGGUAUUUUCCAACCGGAGGAUUUAAACGUGCUCCGAAUCUCUUGUCUUCCCUCAAAAGAUUCCAAUCAAUUUCUCCUCCAAUUCCGCGAUCAAAUUCUCGGCGCGGCGAAGGUGUUGCUUGUUCUACAGGAAGAUUUUGAUUCUUCUGUUGGAUGAUUUCUCAGUGAAAAGAGGUAUUUCUUCGGCGCCGGACAUGGAAUCAUCGGUAUCAUCACCGUCACCGUCGAUGGAGGUGUGGCAUUUCCAGAUUGCUGUCUAUUUCGCUUUCGGAUUCUUCUUCUUGAGGCUUUUCCUCGAUAGAUUCGUCUUUCAAAGGAUAGCUGUUUGGCUUUUGAGUACCGGUUCUUCUCCGAUGAAAUUGAAUGAUGCUACUACUCGGGCAAAAAUCGUCAAAUGCAAGGAGUCUUUGUGGAAAUUGUUGUAUUAUGCUGCUUGUGACUUUUGCGUUCUUCAAGUCGUUUAUCACGAGCCGUGGGCCAGAGAUAUCAAACUCUACUUCGACGGUUGGCCAAAUCAAGAGUUGAAGCUUUCAAUAAAGCUUUACUAUAUGUGCCAGUGCGGUUUUUAUAUGUAUGGUGUGGCUGCGUUGCUUGCAUGGGAGACAAGAAGAAAGGAUUUUGCUGUCAUGAUGUCUCACCAUGUAAUUACAAUCAUCCUGCUUAGCUACUCCUACUUAACCAGUUUUUUCCGGAUUGGAGCAAUCAUCCUAGCCCUUCAUGAUGCAAGUGACGUGUUUAUGGAAACGGCUAAAAUUUUCAAGUACUCUGAAAAAGAAUUUGGGGCAAGUGUGUGUUUUGCACUAUUUGCUCUCUCCUGGCUAUUGCUACGGUUGAUAUACUUCCCAUUUUGGAUCAUCUGGGCCACGAGCAUUGAACUCCUGGAUUAUUUGGAUAUGACAUCAGCUGAAGGCACGAUCAUGUACUAUUCUUUCAACACAAUGUUACUGAUGCUUCUCGUUUUCCACAUAUAUUGGUGGUAUCUCAUCUGUGCCAUGAUUGUAAGACUACUUAAAAACAGAGGAAAAGUUGGAGAAGACAUAAGAUCCGAUUCAGAGGAUGAUGAUUAGUCUUGCAAGCAUGACAGAUACGGAACAUGUUUCCACUUCUCCGACUCCAACCAAACUAUUUUAGCUGCUGAAGAAUUUGUUCACAGCUUCAUUACCUUACUGAUUAGAGUUGGAGGUAAACAAAAAAGAAGAAAGGUUAUAGUUUUCCUUUUUUCAGUUUUGUAAUUGUAGGCCCCAUUUCGUCAUUAGACUGCAUAUUAUUCGCUUUGACAUAUAAAGAAAAAAAAAAACAGAAACUCUGGUUCGGUACUGUAUAAAACAAUAUUGGAAGUCUCUCUGUAAAUGCAAUUCCCCAUUGUAUGGUUUUCAACACCAUAGCCUUUUGUUA